AUUACUAAUUCAUCAAUUAUGUAUUCAAGACCUUUGAAUAAAUAAUUUAAAAUCCCCACUAUUAAAGUCGCUCUCUCAGAUCUCCCUCAAACACUAUUUUCCGCAAUAUUUUAUUCUUCCUAAAAGUUUAGUUUUGUGAUAAAGUUCGAUGGACAACCAUGCUGAUAUUUUAUAAAUGUAUGUCCGAAUAUUUUAAAAUAGUACAAGUGACAAGAAUCAAUUUCAAUCAAUUGGGUGCUGGAGAACUGAUCUACUGAAGAUCUUGGUCAGUUGGUGUCUGUGUCCCAGUGAGUUAACAUCCCGCUGGAAAAACUCUUUAAAAGUGGGUCUAUAUAAUUUUUUUUUACUCUAAAAUCAGUGGGAAUUUCCAUAGAAUAAAAUAUCUUGUGAACUUACAGAUAAUUUGUAAACGGAAUCACAGUUCAGUGUUGCACAUUGAGAUCAUAGUGCGUGCGUGAAAAAUGACUGUGGUCAGGAACGAAGAUACUCCGACCAUGGGAGUAGAAACCAAUGGUAAUCGCGUAAGUUACUUUCGCCUUUUUCGCUUUGCCACAAAAUGGGAACUCCUCCUCAUCUUCCUUGCCACGAUCCUCGCUGCAAUCAGUGCAGCCACAAUGCCAAUGAUCAUCGUCAUCUUUGGAGAGUUUUCCACUAUCCUCAUCGAGAGGAAAUUCUCAGUGGGCAACAGUUCAGAAACCUUUUUACUAUGGGUCUUCGGUGGAGGGAAAGUCCUAAACAAUGCCAGUUGGGAGGAGUCUAGAGUAGAAAUCAUCAAUGAUUCGGAAUCCUAUCUUAUUUGGUUGAGUAUCAUGGCGGCAGUUCAGUUCGUCGCAAGUGUCCUUUUCGUAGAUAUCUUCAAUUACACUGCCUUGAGGCAAAUCACAAGGAUCAGGGUGAAGUUUUUCCAGGCGAUGGUGAGGCAAGAAAUGGCAUGGUAUGAUAACACUAGCGACAACAACUUCGCAUCUCGACUUACAGAUGAUAUCGACAAAAUCCGAGAUGGAAUAUCAGAAAAACUCGGAAUGUUCCUCAUGUUGAUGCUAACCUUCACAAUUUGCAUCAUAGUAUCUCUGGUUUUGGGAUGGAAGCUGUCCUUGGUUAUCCUAGCUUGCCUCCCAGUACUAAUCGUCUGCAAUUUCUUCGUCCUUAAGUUCCAAAGUGCCUUGACAACCAAAGAACUGGAUGCAUACUCCAAUGCUGGAGCGGUCGCAGAAGAAGUCCUUAGCUCAAUUCGAACCGUUGUGGCAUUCGGUGGGGAAGAAAAGGAAGCAGAACGAUAUGCCAAACGUCUGAAACCCGCCCAAAAAGCAGGAAGGAGAAAAGGAGCGUUUUCAGGGCUUGGAGAAGGAUUGCUGAGGAUGUUCUCCUACAGCAUAAACUCUCUAGCUUUCUGGUACGGUAUAACUUUGAUCCUAGACGAUAGAAACAAGGAAGUAAAAGAAUACAACCCUGCAAUCCUAAUGAUUGUUUUCUUCGGAAUCUUGGUCGGAUCGGAGAACAUGGCCAAAGCAGGGCCCUUCCUUGAAGCUUUCGCCACAGCUCGAGCUUCAGCCUAUAGUGUCUUCAAGAUCAUCGACCGGGAAUCAGCAAUUGAUCCGAUGUCGGGAAAUGGAAAGAUCAUCAAUACCGGUAUGAAAGGGGACGUUGAGUUCAAAGGUGUGAGCUUCCACUACCCCUCCAGACCAGAUGUUCCCACACUUCGGAACCUAAAUAUCGGAGUUUCUUCUGGACAAACAAUUGCCUUAGUAGGGCAUUCAGGAUGCGGGAAGUCUACAAUAUUACAACUACUCCAAAGGUUCUACGACCCGAACGAAGGGAAGAUCUGUGUUGAUGGAUACGAUAUCCGGCUUUUGAACACUUCAUGGCUUCGAUCCAACAUCGCAGUCGUUGGACAGGAACCCGUGCUCUUUGCCACAUCUGUCAAGGAGAACAUCCGCUGUGGAAAACCUGAAGCAACGCAGAAGGAGAUUGAAAAUGCAGCUAAGUCAUCUGGAGUUCAUGAUUUCAUAAUCAGCUUGCCAGAUGGAUAUGAUACACAAGUUGGAGAACUCGGUGCGCAGAUGUCCGGUGGUCAGAAGCAGAGGAUAGCCAUUGCUAGGGCCCUGAUUCAGAACCCUAAAAUCCUUCUGCUUGAUGAAGCAACAUCAGCCCUUGAUUCCCAAACUGAAAAACUAGUUCAAGACACCCUCGAAAGAGCAUCCAAGGGUCGCACAACAAUUAUAGUAACGCAUCGCUUAUCAAGCAUUCGAAAAGCCGACAGGAUCGUUCUAAUGGAUCGAGGGGUUGUCCUGGAAGAUGGAACCCAUUUUGACUUGAUGAAGCUUCAGGGAAAAUACUACAACUUAGUCAGGGCUGAUUCUCUCCAAAACGCCCAAGUAGACAAUGUUGCAGUUGAGAAGGAAGCAGAUGAGAAGAAGAAGAAACGAGAUAGCAAAGGGCGUGACCUAUUGAAAUUUGACAAUCACGUUCACUUUGAAGAGAACGCUCUCAAAGCUAUCACAAAUGGUGACCGAGAUGAGAAAAUCAACUCUUUCAGAAUAUUCGUAAGGAUCCUCAAAUUGACCCGAUCUGAAUGGUGUUAUCUGUUUUUGGGAGCUAUCUCUGCGGGUUUAAUCGGAAUGUCCUACACGGCAUUUGCUAUCCUUCUUGGAGAUAUCUACGGAGCCCUGUCUAUUGAGAAUGCAGAUGAAGUUCAAGCAGAAACAAACAUCUUAUGCGUUGCAUUUUUAAUAGUUGGAAUCAUUACAGCUACUAGUUGCUUCCUGCAGAACUUUAUGUUCAAUACUACAGGAGUCAACCUAACCACAAGGCUUCGUUCAAGGGCAUUCAAGUCGAUCAUGCGUCAGGAGAUGGCCUGGUUCGAUCAAGAUAUAAAUUCAGUAGGAGCUCUUACAGCACGUCUUUCGGGUGAUGCUGCCAACGUUAGGUCAGCUGUAGGACCUCCAAUUGGAGGUAUCAUACAGGCCAUUACUACCCUUGUUGUAGGUGUUAGCGUCGCCAUGGUAUACUCCUGGAAACUUGCUUUGGUUUGCAUGUGCUUCGUCCCACUAGUUUUGGGUUCGGUCAUUUUUGAAGCAAAGUUCAUGACAACGAGCUUUAUGGCAGAGAAGAAGGCCAUAGAGGAAGCUACGAAGAUCGCUACAGAAGCCCUAUUGAACAUCAGAACUGUCGCGAGUUUACGUCAAGAGGGUAGUAUGGUUUCGAGGUAUUCCAAGGAGAUACAGAAGGUUGAGAAGUCCGUAAAGAGGAAGCUUAUGUUCAGAGGUUCGGUAUUUUCCGUCGGUCAAUCAGCCCCUAUGUUCGCCUACGCCAUAGCACUCUACUACGGAGGAGUGCUAGUGGCAAACGAGGGAUUGGCUUACCAGAAUUUGAUAAAGGUAUCGGAUUCCUUGCUGUACGCUGCUAUGAUGUUGGGGCAGUCUCUGGCUUUUGUCCCUAGUCUUACUGCUGCAUUCUUGGCAGCUCAUCGGUUGUUCCAAAUCAUCGACCGUAUGCCUGUUAUUCAAUCACCAAAGGACAUCAACGAUAACAAGAGGCAGGAAUACGAAAGUACCGUCACGUAUGCUGCCGUUGAGUUUAGUUACCCAACUCGAAGCGAAGUUCCUGUUCUCCAAGGCUUAGAUCUUAAGGUUCUAAGUGGGAAAACUGUGGCCCUUGUUGGCCCUUCAGGAUGCGGAAAGUCCACUUGUGUUCAACUUCUUCAACGUUUCUAUGAUCCUGACAACGGAAGGAUCUUCCUCAACUCCGACGAGAUUUCCAGCGAGAUUGGUAUCCCAGAUUUACGUGGAAAGAUCGGGAUUGUGUCUCAAGAACCCGUCCUUUUUGACAAGACCAUUGCCGAGAACAUUGCUUACGGAGAUAAUUCCCGAGAUGUCUCCAUGGCUGAAGUUAUGGAAGCAGCGAAAACUGCAAACAUCCAUAGCUUCAUAUCAUCCCUCCCACUGGGCUAUGACACAAAUUUAGGCACCAAAGGUACCCAGCUAUCUGGUGGUCAGAAACAGAGAAUUGCCAUUGCCAGAGCCCUAGUUCGCAAUCCAAAAAUCCUUCUCCUGGAUGAAGCAACAUCAGCUUUGGAUGCCGAAAGCGAACAAAUCGUCCAACAGGCUCUUGAACUCGCAAAAUCCGGAAGAACUUGCCUAAUAAUUGCUCACCGUCUGUCCACUAUUCAAAACGCCGACAUAAUCUGUGUUAUUAGAGGGGGAAAGGUCGCUGAACAGGGCACCCACGAAGAACUUUUGGCCCGCGGUGGUUUCUACUCAUUGCUCUACAACACCCAACCAAUUAGUAAUUAGAUGGACCGCAUGGUGAGAAGUGAAUUCAAGAUUGCAUGCUCUUGGACACUCUAAAGCCUCUCCUCACUGUCUUUUGUUAUUAAAUUAAACUUAUUACAAGAUA